CUCGGGCACCAAGGUCGCGCUGAUGGAGGCGCUUGGCGUCUGGUACUUCGAGGCCGACGAAGUCGUGCAGCACGUGCGCACGGCCCUCGGCCUGCCCCCCGCCAACCCGACGGGCGGAGGCCUGCCGCCGCAGCUGCUGCAGAGCGGAUGUGCCGCCGGUCUUGCGCAGCACUGUUGGGCAGACUGGGCGCUGCUGCCGCCGCCUCCUCGCCCCGCCGCCGGACGCGGCGCGCCACUGCUGGCGCCGGCGGGCGGGGGAGGGAGCGGCGUGAGCACGCCGCUCGCUGUACCGCUCAUUGGCGCCGGAGCAGCCAGCGCUCUCGAGACCAUCGGAGGAGUCAGCGGAGCUCCGCCGCCGCCGCCGACCCCGCCGCGAAACGCAACCUCCUCCGCCGCCGCCUCCUCUUCCUCUUCCUCUUCCUCCUCCUCCUCUUCCUCCUCCUCCUCCGCCGCCGCCUCCUCCUCCUCCUCUUCCUCUUCCUCCUCUUCCUCCUCCUCCUCCGCCGCCGCCGCCGCCUCCUCCUCCUCCUCUUCCUCUUCCUCCUCUUCCUCCUCCUCCUCCGCCGCCGCCUCCUCCUCCUCCUCCUCCUCCGCCGCCGCCGCCGCCGCGGGCAGCGGCAGCGCGCUCCCCCGCGUUCGGCUGCUGCAGCUGUCCGGCCCCGGCGCGACGCCGCUGCUUCCGACGGGUGCUGCCUUCCUCGAGCACGAUUUGCAGGCGCGCGUCCGGCUCGCCGUGCUGGGUGCCCUCCUCCGCCGCGUCAGCGUGCGGCCGCGCGCGCACUGCGACUCCCCGUGGGCCGUCAUGCAGCAAAUGGGCUUCCGCGGCGUGUGGCAGACGCCGGGCGAGCGGUGGCCGUUCGCGGGCGGCACGUUCUGCUGCAGCCCGAUCUACGGGCGGCUGCUGAGCAAGCGGCAGGCGGGCUGCGGCGGCUCGGUCCACGCUUCGUUUGUCGAGAGUGGGAAGAGGGCGGCGGUGCCGCCGCUCGCGAGACUCCCGCCCGACGCGGCGCGGAGAGCGGAGGGGCUCUUCUCCGACCUCUGCGCCGUGCACGCGGCACGCGCCGACGCCGGCGCCGCGCCCGAGCUGCUCGGCUGGUCGCGCGCCAACGUGUCGCUCGAUCUGGCCGAGGUUGGCGCAAAGAUGCGGCGCGCAAAGGAGACGGGCCGGAUCGGCAAGCAACUGGGCCACAUCGUCGUCGGCCGCGAGCUGUUCGGAUUGGGCGAGGUCAGCGACGGCGCGCAGCGCCACAGGGACGUCUGGGCCGCCCAACCGAAGCUCGGCCAUGAGUGGCCGCCGUAGAGGUUUAAUAGAGGUGUUUGUUUGGCGGGCGCUGCCCCGUCCUGGGCGCACUGGUUGGGGGACACCGUCACCGACGAGCGCGUUGGACUUUUCUAACCGGACAAGACGGC